AGCCCUCUUCUUCGUCUUCUGCAUGUCCAGCCCACUCUACUCGCAGAGGACGCAUAGUUUACAAUAAGAAACUUUAGAGAGAGAGAAAGAGAGAGUUUACGAAGGAGCACGAAGGAGAACCAGGACAUAUAUACAUAUAGAGGUAUAUACGUGUGUGUAUAUAUUUAGAGAGAGAGGAGUUUCUGAGAGGACUCAAAUGUUUUCUUCCAUGGCUGACAUUUUCUAGGGCAAAUUCGCGUGCUUUGAAUUGAGGCACGUUGCAUCAAACAAACACUUGGAAGAGGGAGAGGGUAUCGCGUCUUGCUCAGUGCUAGCCCUAGCUGGCAAUUCUGGCAGAGCUGUUCGCAAUUCAGAAAUUUGAUUGAAGCCUUGAACCAAUGAGAGGGAGACACUUGUAACAAUUAAUGCAGGAAUGCAUGGAUGUAGCUCAGGAUCUGCUGUUUUAGUCAAUGCUGAGGUUGAUUCCAUGGGAGGAGUUGUUGACGCCGGAGUUGGCAUUGGUAUCAAAACCUCUCCACGGCAAGCAGCAAUUGAGAAGGCUCAAGCAGAGCUUAGACUGGAGUAUGAUGUUCGGGAGGAAAGGAGAAGAGAGCUCGAAUUCCUUGAGAAGGGUGGCAAUCCCUUGGACUUCAAAUUUGGGAAUGCUGCUUCAGUUAGCGUCCAAUCUACUUCACUGAUGGAUCAACAUCCUGAAAAUGAAGCAAAAGGUAGUUUUGCAUUGACUGCUUCACCUCGUGGAGAUUCUGUUGAAAGUAGUGGCAGACCAGGGGCCCCUACAGUUUGUGAACCCAAUACUGCUGAUAACCUAUUGUUAUUUGAUGGUGAAAGUGAGUUUGCUGAAGUUGAAAGGAACUCUGUACAUCCUAAUAGGAGUAAUGUUAUUCCAUCAGAACAGUCUUCCCAGUUGGAUGGGAGUCUAAAUGCAAAAGAAUCAGGGGACUCAGCUCCUUUUGGUGUCCCCAAAAAAGCAUAUAGGCGGAGAAAUAGGUCAAGACCAAAUCGUGAUGGUGCUUGUUCAAGUUCUACUGAUAUAGUUCCAUCUCGUGGUGGUCGUGUUUCUUAUUUGCCUUCACGCCAUGGUCUGAAGGAUGUGAAGGGGGCAGUGUCUGAUACAAACAACCAGAAGGACCAGAAUGUUCCUUCAAAUUGUAAUUUGAAGCCUGCAAGUCCAAAUGCUAGUAUGGUUCCCAAGGCUGUAACAUUGAAUAGCCAGUUAGAUAUGAAGUUGGAUGAUGUGCGAGCUGUAGACUCAGCUACUGAACUGAACAAAGAUGGUCCGCCUGAGUGUGUUGAUGAUUUCAACACUUCCAAAAAUUUGCAAAAUGACCAACACUCUCAACCGUCACAAAUUGAUGCUCAGGAAAGUCCUAUUUGUAUGACUUCUGGGUUACCCGAACCUGUUGGGGUUGGAGGAAGAGAACAGGUAGUCUCUGCUGGUCUUGAAUGCCCACCUUGUGUGACUACAGCAAAAGUUGAGAAUCAAACUAAUUUUACUCCGCUGAAUGGAUUCAAUAAUGCAAAGGGAGAUAGAAAAAGUAUACCAAAUGAAGCUCAAAAUAGUAGUGCAGCGUUGAGCACAAAAGGUUUAGACUCGGAGUCCUCUUGCACAAAAACAAGCCUUAGCUUAGAAGGAAACAAUGAUAGUGGCCUCUGCACUAAUUUAAGAAAUAUUGAUUCUAAUGGCACUACAAGAGAACAAACCUUAGUCUUUGAAGAGAAUCCAAAUAUAGAAGGUGAUGAAAGUGUGAAAGAAAAAAAUGAGACAAAAGCUGAGGACAGUUGUGCUUUUAGUAAUGACGAUCGAAAUUCUGUUCAUCAAAGCCACCAAGACAAGAGUUCUAUACUCAAAGAUGAGGAAGUAUUACAUGGAAGUGAUUCUAGUUUGCAAAAUGAGUUGAAAAAUCAUACCGGGGUUGAAAGAAUGGAACCAGAUGGCCAAACUGCAUGUGCUACAGAAAGAGAACCUAGCAAUUUGUUGGGUGAUAAUUCUGUCACCCCAAAGGAAAAUGCUUGCAUUAAUAGACCUCAAUGUUCUAUGGAUUCCUCUAUUAGUGAGCUUCCUGAGACUACAUUGUCUGUUAGGAGCCCCACUGUUGCUCCCGAGCAACAAAUUCACUUAAAAUUGGCAAACAAGGCAAAUGAAGAUUCUAUUUUGGAAGAAGCCCGGAUUAUAGAGGCAAAGCGUAAGAGGAUAGCUGAGUUAUCUGUUGGUACCUUACCCAUGGAGAAUCAUCAGAAAUCUCACUGGGAUCUUGUCCUUGAAGAAAUGGCAUGGUUGGCAAAUGAUUUUGCGCAGGAGCGGCUUUGGAAAAUAACUGCUGCUGCUCAAAUAUGUCGUCGAGUUGCUUUUACUUCUCGGUUAAGAUUUGAAGAAGAAAAUUUGCUUAGGAAGCAAAAAAAUGUAGCUCACACCUUGUCAAAAGCUAUCAUGGAGUUCUGGCAUACAGCGGAGGAGACAAGCAACGGGCUGGAGCUGCAAUGUCCUGGGAAAAAGUUUGCACUUGCCAUACAGGAAUAUGCAGUGAAAUAUCUGAAAUAUAAUAGCUCCAUUGUUCCGCUAGGCCGAGUCGAGACACCAGUGACUCCCGAGGGGGUGUCAGAUUUGGGCAUUCAGGAAGUGUCAUGGGAGGAUCACUUUACAGAAGAAAACCUCUUCUAUACGGUUCCCCCUGGUGCAAUAGAGACCUACAGAAAAUCUAUUGAAUCUUAUUUGGUUCAAUGUGAGAAAACUGGCAGUAGCAUGCAAGAGGAAGUUGAAACAUCUAUAUAUGAUGCUGUAGCAGACUUCGGAAUUCAAGAGAAUGCAUAUGAAGAGGAUGAAGGAGAAACAAGCACAUAUCUUUUGCAUGGAAACUUUGAAGGUAGCAAGGCAUCCAAUUUUGCCCAGAAGAAACGGAAAAAAUUGACACAUUCUUAUGGUGCUAGAUCGUAUGAACUUGGAGCUGAUUUGCCAUAUAUGCAAUGCAUGGAAAAUAAAGUUGGGACCCAACAAUCUGUGUUAAUGGGAAAACAUCCUGCCAACAGUCUUAAUGUUGGUUCAAUUCCAACCAAAAAACGCGUGCGAACUGCUGCUUCCAGGCAGAGGGUUCGAAGUCCUUUUAGUGCUGGAACUUCUGGUUGUGUUCAGGCUCCAAAUAGGACAGAUGCAUCAAGUGAUGAUACCAAUUCUUUUCAGGAUGACCAGAGUACUUUGCAUGGCAUGCAGAAUAGUUUGGAAUUUGAGUCAGCUGGGGACUUUGAAAAGCAAUUACCAUUUGACUCCGCGGAAGUAUCUACGAGACCUAGAAAGAAGAAGAAGGCAAAACAUCUGGGUUCCACAUAUGAGCAGAGAUGGCAGCUUGAUCCCAAUUUUCAAAAUGAGCAGAGGGAUCAUUCAAGAAAGAGAUUGGAGAGUUAUCAACUUGAAUCUAAUGGAAGCAGUGGUUUAUUUGGGCAACAAAUUAUAAAGAAGCCGAAGCUGGCAAAGCAAUCACUAGAUAAUUCUUUUGACAAUCUUACUCCACUGGCUGGGUCUAUUCCUUCUCCAGUGGCUUCCCAAAUGAGUAAUAUGCCCAACCCUAAUAAGUUCAUUAAACUGCUUGGUGGCCGGGAUAGAGGUAGGAAAGCCAAAGCAACAAAGAUGCCUGUUGGGCUGCCAGGUUCAGGAAGUGAAUGGUCGCUAUUUGAAGAGCAGGCACUUGUUGUCCUGGUACAUGAUUUGGGUCCUAACUGGGAGCUUGUGAGCGAUGCUAUCAACAGUACUUUGCAAUUCAAGUGUAUAUUUCGCAAGCCUAAAGAAUGCAAAGAGCACCACAGCCGUUUAAUUGAUAGGACUAAUGGUGAUGGAGCUGAUAGUGCUGAAGAUUCAGGGUCUUCUCAACCAUAUCCAUCUACCUUACCUGGCAUUCCAAAGGGCAGUGCCAGACAGUUAUUUCAACGUCUGCAGGGACCAAUGGAAGAGGAAACCCUCAAAUCUCAUUUUGAGAAAAUCAUUGUGAUUGGGCAAAACCAGCAUUAUCGGAGGACUCAGAAUGAUAGCCAGGACAUAAAACCAAUUCAGCCGCACAAUUCUCACUCACUUGCUCUUUCCCAAGUCUGCCCAAAUAACGUGAACGGGCCUCCUCUGACGCCUCUUGAUCUCUGUGAUGCAAUUGUAUCAAACCCUGAUGGUCUUACCCUUGGGUAUCAAGGCUCACAUGCUAGUGGUUUAGCAAUGUCAAAUCAGGGUACUGUAGCAUCUGUGCUUCCAGCUUCUGUUGCAAAUUCCUCGUUACAAGGAUCUUCCAGUGUAAUUCUCGGCAAUAACUUUUCAUCGCCAUCUGGUGCACUAAAUGCCUCUGUUAGGGAUGGUAGAUAUGGCGUUCCAAGAACAGCAGCUUUAUCUAUUGAUGAACAGCAGAAAAUGCAACAAUAUAAUCAAAUGUUAUCUGGUAGAACCAUUCAGCAAUCCAGCUCGUCUAUACCUGGGACUCUUCCAGGAACUGAUCGUAGUGUUCGUAUGUUACCUGGUGGAAAUGGUUUGGGAAUGAUGGGAGUGAAUAGAAGCAUGCCAAUGGCGAGGCCCGGGUUUCAAGGAAUGGCCUCAUCAUCUAUGCUGAAUUCUGGAAGUAUGCUUUCUUCUAGUAUGGUGGCGAUUCCAGGCCCUGUAAAUAUGCACUCUGGAGCUGGUUCUGGUCAGGGAAGUUCAAUGUUAAGACCACGUGAUGCUUUGCAUAUGAUGCGGCCUACCCAGAAUCCGGAGCAUCAAAGGCAAAUGAUGGUGCCAGACCUUCAGAUGCAUGCCACACAAGGGAAUGGCCAAGGAGUUCCUCCUUUUGGUACAUUAAGUUCUGCCUUUUCUAAUCAGGCAGCCCCUUCACCCGUUCAAACAUACCCACAUCAGCAGCAGCAUCAUAUGUCCCCGCAACAGUCCCACGUGCUUAGUAAUCCUCAUCAUUCUCAUCAAGGACCGAAUCAAGCCUAUGCAAUUCGAUUAGCUAAAGAGAGGCAUCUACAGCAGCAGCAACGGUUGCUGCAACAACAGCAGCAGCAACAACAACAGCAAUUUGCUGCAUCCAAUUCUUUGAUGUCACAUGUACAAACACAGCCCCAACUCCCCAUCUCAUCUUCUCUUCAAAACAGUUCCCAAGUUCAGUCACAAACUUCUUCCCCACCAGUACCACUAUCCUCUCUUGCACCAUCAUCUACUAUGACACCCAUGUCUCAGAACCAGCAGAAACAUCACAUAAUGCCUCAUGGACUUGGACGAAACCCUCAAACUGGUGGCGGUGGUUUGACCAAUCAGAUGGGGAAGCAAAGGCAACUUCAAGCUCAGCAGCAGCAGCAAUUACAACAAUCAGGCAGGCAUCACCCUCAACAUCGCCAACAUUCACAGUCUCAGCAGCAGACUAAACUGUCGAAGGGAAUAGGUAGAGGAAACAUGCAGAUGCAUCAGAGCCUCUCCAUUGACCCCUCUCUUCUGAAUGGACUUAUCACAACACCAGGAAGCCAAUCUGCAGAGAAAGGGGAGCAGGGCAUGCAUUUGAUGCAAGGUCAGGGUUUAUAUUCAGGGUCAGGACUAAAUCCUGUUCAACCAUCAAAACCAUUAGUGCCUCAUUCUUCAAAUGUGUCACAGCCUCAGCAGAAAAUGUAUCCUGCCCAAACAGUCUCUUCGUCAAAGCAGCUCCAGCUGCCUUCUUCUCAUCCUGAUAAUGGAGAUCAAGGUCAUCUUCAACCAGUUGCUUCUGGUCCCACGUUAUCAGCUUCCCAUCAAGCUGUUCCACCCUUGGUCAUUGCUUCUUCCAACCAUCAGCAGCCGCACCAAAAGUUGGUUAAUCAAACUCAACCGGCUGUUCAAAGAGUGCUACAACAGAAUCGUCAAGUGAAUUCUAACCCACAGAGCAAGUUGCAAGUCAAUCAAGCUCAAGGUGACCAACAACCUGUGACCAACUCAUCGCAGAUGAGUAACACAGUGGCAAUGCCUCAGGCCUGCGCAGAUAGGACUAAUGUAGUACCUGUGAUUUCUUCCACCAGCACUUCUCAGCGGAAAGCACCAGAACCAUUAUAUGAUUCUGGUAUGUCACAUUCAACGACCCAGUUGGUUCCCAUUGAGAGUCCACCUUUAACAAGUUCUGCUGGGAGUGAGCCUACACUCUCGGUGAGCCAAGGGCUAGACCAGAGGCAAUCUUCAGGCAGCUUGCCGCAUAUUGGGCAUAAUGUUAGUGCGCAGGGUCAUCAGCAGCAUUCGCUGCUACAACCACCUCCCACACCACCACCUCAGCAGCUGCUGCAGCAACAAUCACCACAACAACAGCUGCCACCUCAACAGCAAUCUCGGCAGCAGAUGCAGCAUCUUGAAGCAGGGAACAACAGUUUGUAUAUCAGGCCCACUAACUCUAGACUGGAAUGAUGCAUUCUAAAGGAUUGAGCAAUUCUUGGAACGGCAGAUCUGGUCCAGUUUAGGUCGGCAUGCCUUUGUAACAACAGUGUACAGGACAUACGGCAAUUUUGGCUUCACUGCACCUGAAUCUGGGCUUUUGAAUUAUGAAGUUCAUCACUCCAUCAAGGAGGAAAGAGAGUCUGAUUGUUAUCUGCUGAUUCUGUUAAGAGUUAAUGAAGGGAUACUAGCAGGUUAAUUAUUUUUGGGUAUUAUGUAUAUUACCAUUGCCUUAGAGCUUCAGGAAGAUAGAGACAGAUAUAAAGGUAUGUGUACAGGGUCUCGUCUCUCUUUCAAUUACUUUUUUUUUUUUUUUUU